AAAACACCUUCACACCCACCUCCUACGCGCUCCCCACCACACCAGCUUCGACGACGCAUCACCUCUCACUCUGCCAGGACAUGCUCCAUCACCCUCAUCAUGUCCUCCCUUCUCCUCUUCGAAAACAACAUGAAAGAACCCGAUGACAAUAAUCACCACAACCACCCUCGCGAUGACCGCUCCGAAUGGGAAAACCUCAUGGGCGCCACCAACCCACGCGACACGACAAUCCAGAUCAUCCUCUCCCUACUCCUCGGCACAACCGCCUUCUUCGCCUUCUGCUUUCUCCGACCACGGUGGAAAAACCUCUACGCUGCGCGAAAACGGACAUCGAAGCAUGCUGGGAUCGCGACAUUACCUGAGCUGCCCGAUACGAUGUUUGGGUGGAUUCUGCCGUUAUGGAGGAUUAGUGAGCAGCAGGUUCUGGCCAGCGCGGGAUUGGAUGCAUAUGUGUUCUUGACUUUCUUCAAAAUGGCGAUGAAGUUUUUAAUUGUGACGCUGGGGUUCUCGCUGGUGGUUAUCAAGCCUGUGCACGAUGCUUAUCCGGACGACGAUGAUGAUGACGACUUCGGGAAAAAUGGGACACAUCAUAAUGAUACGGACCUUUGGAUCAGGCAGGGGUUGAAGAGAAGCGUGAGAUUAUUCGAAGGAAACGGGACUGGAGGUGGUGGGAACUGGACGGUUCCGUUCUUCCCAGAGAACUUGGAGUCGGAUUACCUCUGGAUGUACAUUGUUUUUGCGUACCUGUUCUCGGGGAUCCUAAUAUAUUUGGUUAUAUCGACAACGAGAAAAGUGAUCGAGGUCAGGCAGGAGUUCCUGGGUACGCAGACAACGGUCACAGAUAGGACAAUUCGGCUUUCGGGAAUCCCGAAGGACCUACAGGAUGAGGAGCGGAUCAAAGAGUUUCUUGAAAGCCUGGAAAUCGGACACGUGGAGAGGGUAGUGCUGUGUAGGAAUUGGAGGGAUCUGGACAGAGCUAUGGCCAAAAGGAUGGACUUGCUGAGGAAACUGGAAGAAGCGUGGACCAUUCAUUUGGGAUACCGAAGGAUUGAGAGAAACCUGGAGACUUUGCCGAUUGCGCAGCCGAGUCCGCCGGAGCCGCUGAUCGAUGCCGAUGCUGGUGACGAUGCGAACGAGAACGGAAAUCUGAUCGGACGGAGUAAUGACUCUGCGAGACCAUAUUUGAAACCCAGGCCGAAAACGACAAUUCGAUAUGGACGAUUUUGGUUUCAGCGAACACAAGUCGAUGCGAUAGACUACUACACGGAACGGCUGCGAGAGGCUGACGAGCAUGUGAUGGAGCUGCGCAAGAAGGAGUUCCCCACGACGCCUUUGGCAUUCGUUACGAUGGAUUCGGUGGCAUCUUGCCAAAUGGCGAUCCAAGCCGUGCUCGAUCCGUCACCUCUGCAAUUCAUCGCCAAACAGAGUCCGGAGCCAGUCGACGUGAUCUGGGAGAACACUUACAUCUCGAAGAGAAGGCGUGUCAUUCGCAACUGGACGGUCACGUCAGUUAUCGUUUUCCUGACGAUAUUCUGGUCGGUGCUGUUCAUCCCAAUCGCUGGUCUGCUGAACGUGGAGACAAUUGGCAAAGUGGUACCCGGGCUGGCAGAUAUCCUCAAAGAUCACAAGUACAUCCGAUCGCUCGUCAACACGCAAUUGCCCACUGCUAUUGCAUCUCUCCUGAUGGUCCUGGUCCCAUACCUCUACUACUACCUCUCCUGGUGCCAAGGUCAGAUCUCGAAAGGCGAUAUCGAGCUGUCCAUCAUUUCGAAAAACUUCUUCUUCACGUUCUUCAACUUCUUCAUCGUCUUCACAGUGCUCGGCACAGCGUCCAAGUUCUACGAAGUCUUUGCGAAGUUUGGUGACGCGAUCAGAGAUAUCCAGAAAGUGGCUUGGACCAUGGCGUACUCACUGGGACGACUACUGAAUUUCUACGUCAACUUCAUCAUUCUUCAAGGUGUCGGUCUCUUCCCAUUCCGCAUGCUGGAGGCCGGCAGUGUGUCGCUAUAUCCAAUCAUGUUGAUUGGGGCGAAGACACCGCGAGACUACGCCGAGCUCGUUCAGCCUCCCGUCUUCAGCUAUGGCUUCUACCUACCAAACGCCAUGCUGAUUUUCAUCAUCUGCAUGGUAUACUCCGUCCUACGCUCCUCAUGGCAAGUCCUCCUCGCUGGGUUCCUCUACUUCGCCCUGGGACACUACUGCUACAAAUACCAACUUCUCUACGCCAUGGAUCACCGCCAGCAAACCUCUGGUCGCGCUUGGACUAUGAUUUGUGAGCGCAUCUUCAUCGGCAUGAUCCUCUUCCAGCUUACCACUGCUGGUCAACUCAUCCUUAAAGGAGCCAUUGCCCGAAGUGUCAUGAUGGUCCCACUACUGGUCACCACAGUCUGGGUCAUGAUUAUGUACGGAAAAACGUAUCAACCGCUGAUGAGGUACAUCGCUUUGUCGGCCGUCAAGCGAAACGAACACUAUGACCACUAUACCGAUCAGCAACAGGAAGCCAGUCAUCGCAGCACACCGCGAUACGCUGCCAGUUUGAACAGUACGAACCUCGCUCCUGAGACAAGUAUUUGGGCUGGACGAGACCCGAAUGCUGCGGCUGCGGUAGAAGGCUCCGUGACGUUGGCUGUGAGAACUGAGGAAGAAGGCGCGAAGACGGAGAGGAACCUGCCUUUCGUCAACCCUAGCCUUGUAGCCCCGUUGCAUGGGGUGUGGAUCGGGGACAAGCCAGCGAGGGAAAGUACCACGCAGGCGAGGUUGGUGGAUGUGGACGAUGAGGAAGAAGGAGAAGAGGAGGGGGAAAGAGGGGACGAUCUGGUUUAAAUAUUGACCAAGGAUCCUGAAACGGGCGGCGGAGGACUCAUGAGACUGAAACGAUGUUCAUGUUGAUGCUUCUGGCUUUGGUGUUCUUGUUUUUGACCUGGGCAUGGAUAUGGUAUGGAACGUAGCGGGCGAGCGCGCAUGAUACCCUAUUUGCAGGUUUGCUUUUGCUGGUUGGUUUUAGCAUGGUAUACUAUCGUUACUGUUUAUUGUAGAAAGACAUUUUAUGAGAACAGAAGGAAGAAAGGAGUAGAAGCAGAAUGUAAAUCUGAACAGAG